CUUAUAUUUCAUAUCUCAAUAGUGAACAUUGAACAUACUGCAGUUGCUGAUAACAGCUGAUUCGUGUUACUUGUUUUUGUUAAAUAAAUUAAUUUAAUUAGCGAGUAAUCUAAUGUUAAUUUUAGUGAGUUGAUAAAGUGAAAAUAAAGAAAUAAUGGAGGAAAACGCAAGAGCUGACAAAAUAAUUUCACAGGCAACACAAUGGAGCUUUGAAGGCGAUUGUUCGCUGCUCGCCUGGAUGCAAGAACUUUCGCAGCAUAUCGAACAACGAGCCACCAAAACCAAUGAUGCACUGCAGCAAUUAAACAUAAAUGUUAAUCGCACUGCAAUUGCCUUGGAUAAUGCGGCCAACAGUUUAACUGCACUACAGUAUACGCAAUUUGUGGAGAGUCGCUGUCAUGAUGACGACGAAACACAAACCACUACAAACGUAGUGGAUACAGAAGCUGCGGCUACGUCCACUGCAAAAACAAAAACACCCAAAGAAGUUCUCGAAACUUUUCUACAAAAAAAUCUGCAAAUGUUGCACAACUGUCAUGAGAAGUAUGCGCUCGAUUUUGAAGACUCCGAUGAGGAUGAAGCCACCAACACUAAUAACUACAUCUAUCAGCCGAAAAAUCCCUAUAAUGAUGCUUUACUGCCACAUAUUUACGGUAGUAAGUUAUGGAAAGAACACUGGCAUGUAGGGCUCUGCGAUGGCGCUAACGAAUACUCCGGCGAUGAAGCAUCCGAUGCAUUCUCUGAAACCUCCAGUUCCUCAGCUGCGGAUAAUGAAUCAUAUGAGAGUAAUACCGCCAAUCUCUCUGAAUGGGCUUCGAGCACUUCCAUACCAAUUGAGCAUAAACACCCAGCAUUGAUGGUAGCGCCGAAAGAGCAUACAUUACCUGUUACAGCAGCCACAGCGUCGCGAAAUAAGCAUUUGCCAAGCACACAACCUGUACAGAGCAACGAUGACAGCGACACCUACUCUACAACGUCUCGAAGUACUGCAACGAAUCCGCCACAUAGAGCGCAUGAGCAUGAUUUAUUUGCUGCUUUACGUCAUGAUACGCCAAUCACCAGCUCAACCACUUCGUCUUCGCCACAGCAACAUGCUGCUGCAACAGCGCAGACACAACGCGUUAUACCUUCAACAGCAGCGUCGAGAACGCCGUUCUUUGAUGUUACGCCGCCUACUGAUAUUUUCGCAGAUGCAGUCACAGAGCCGCAACCCACCAACCGUGGUGAAAACAUAACAGUACAACAAAAAUCAACAACCGGUCAAAUUAAACGUAAACCCGUGAAUCUAUUUGAUGAUGAUGAUUUUAAUUCAUUCAUGACAGAAGUCGUAGAUAAGGCCCAAAACAAAGCUGUGCAAGAAGAAAAAGUACAACCUGUGCCGGCCAGUAGAACAUUGCCUUCCAGAAGAGAGACCACGAAAGUAGUGGACUUAUUUGCCGAGCCUCCAAGCAUUCAAAAGCCAGUAACUGCACCAAUCAAAAUUGAAAAACCAAAAGAAACAACAACUCGAAAACCAGUAAAUCUAUUCGACAGUCCCGAAGGUAGCCUCGAAAAUGAUUCGCUCUUCAAGAACACUAUACCGAGCGAUAAUAAGGCGAAAGACGUGGCGCCAACAGUUGCUGAGCCAAGCAUCACUGCUAAGUCGCUGUUUGAUGAUGACGACGAUGAUGAUGAUUUCCUAAAUGCGUUCGGUGCGAGAAAACUAAAUCUGCCGCAACGCACUGCAGGCAAAACGCUGCUAUUUGACGAUGAUAAUGAGGCAGUAACACGCCCACCUAUGAAUACUCGUACAACAGUUAACUUAUUCGAUGAUACACCACCUGAGGAUGAUUUUACUCAGACAACGGCAGUAUUUAAGGAAAAGAACAACAACAAAAAGUCGAACGAUAGUCUCACAGUUAACGGUAGUGUUGGUAAGGAACUAGAUCAAAGCAAUGAAACAGCAAAAACAGAAGCUGCAGUUGUGACAAAUACAACAACAACAAAAACAUCAUCUGAAACUGCUUCGAACUCACAGUUGCCUCAACCGCCGCCAUUGAAACCCGUUAGUAAGCUCUUUGGCACCGAUCUCUUUGCUGAUGACGAUAAUGAUGAUCUGGAUGAUUUGUUUAAUAAAAAUUCAACGAAGCAACAAACAACAAAAACUGUUAAUAAUGAGUCAAGUAAUAAAGUGCAAGAAAAUGUGACAACAACAAAUGUAAUUACGCCGCAGAAGAAUUCACUCUUCGGAGAUGACUUUGUAGACGAUGAAGAUGAUGAUUUGUUCGGUAGCCAGGCAAAGAAGGUUGAUAAACACUUAGUCGCGCCAACUAAAUCUAAUCAAAGUGCAGUUAGCACAUUUAAAAGCUCGUCACUUUUCGGAGAUGAUCUCGAUGAUGAUGCUGAUGACUUGUUUGGCAUCAAAUCAAUCAAGAAAGUAAGCAAAAAUGAACCGAAGAUUGCAUCCACUACCGCUGCUGUCGUCAAAGAUAAUACACAUGUUUUGUUGGAACAAAACGAAGACAAGUCUUCUAGCAAGCAAGCGAAAGAAACCGAAGUUUUUGAAACUGUGAAGAAUGCAAGCCCAAGAAAAUCGUUAUUUGAAGACGAUGAUUUUGAAAAUACUAAUGAUUUAUUUGGCCCAGCAAAGAAAGAUGCACUUUCCAGUGUGGAGAAGGUAGCAGAAGAGAAUUUAGGCAGCAAUGGUAUUUUAGAUCAAAUACAGGCUGCCACAAGUGUUUCAGAACCACCUCCACUUGACACUGUUUUUGAAAAAGAGAGUGCAGCGUUGGAGCCGACCCCAAUUAAUGGACUCUUUAGUGAUAAUUUUGAAAGUGUGAGCGAACAAGAGAGUGAAAAGUCUCGGAAGACUCCUAUUUCUGACAUCACAGUGGAACAAAUAGUCGUUAGUGAUGAAAAUAAUGUUGAAAAUAUAGAGAACAAUGUAGCGCAGGAAAAGAAUUCCGCGCCGGAUAGUUUGAGUAGCCCUCACAAGGGUAUACCAAACAACGAAGAGAUUAAGGAAGUUGAAACAUUGGCGGAAACUUCGCACCACGAAGAUAAUAACUUGGAGAAUCAGUUGGAUUCAUGGUCGAAGAACGCAGAGCGUCCUGAAAAACUCGAAACCCCACAACCCACAUUGGAAUCCUUGGAAGAAACUAUGGAAACCUCUGACGAUGUUGUCAAACCUCCUGCUGACACUAACAAAGAUGUUGCGCCGGAUAAAGAGAACACAUCGAACCAACCAAAAUAUACCUCCAUCUUUCUCGAAGAGCCACCCGAUGAUGAUGACUUCUUUGCAACACUCAGCAGUAACACGAAGCCGUUAUCUGUCUCGAAACUAACGCUCGAUUUGGAAAAUGAUUUCUAUGAACCGGCGCUACCGCAAGUACCGACUUCCGCAAGAUCUACAACAACUGCAGCGACAACAAACACACAGGCAGGCACUAGUGAUUAUGGCGGUCUACGCCUAUUUAGUGAAAUUCCACCCGACGACUACGAUGAGGACGAUAAUUUCAACACCGCCAAACAACAGUCGAAACAAGCCGCAGAUAACGGUGUUGGCGUCAAUCAGCGUUUGCAUAGUGUCUUCUAUGAUGAUUUCACAGAGACUUUGGAGGCAGUGCAGCAGAUAAAGGAGAAUAAAAUAGCGGCGCAUGCGUUAUUUGAUGAUGAGCCGCCAUCGGAUGAAGAGCUAUUCGCUGUUAGAGCAAUGGAGACGCCGAAAAAUUUAGUGGAAACAAAAACAGAAGAAGAUUCUUACAAGAUUGAAGGCGUUGAACCAAAAGAUGAAAACUUUGUGAAAAACGUUAGCAAAGUUGAACCCACUAAAGAUGUAACGGAUCGUGUAGUUCCUAAGCUGGCAUACACUGCAACCGCUCCUCCGCCGGACAACUUCGGAAAAACCAUAAGUAAAGCUGAACCCUCGAAAGAUCUAACAGAUCGUGCAAUUCCAAAGCUAGAAAACACUACAACCGCUCCUCCACCGGAGAAACCACGCGCUGUUGCUGGAAAAUUGCAAAUGCCAAAUAUCAAGAUUAAUGUGCAAGCCUUGCUGCCCGGCGGUGGCGGUAGACCAAAUUUCAAGAAGUCUCCAACCACGCCAGUGGUGCCCAUACCCACACAAACGCAAAGUGAAGCUUCCGUACCGUCUCCAGCGGCUGAGUUGAGUAAACCAACCUCAAGCGUAAGCUUGAAAUCCACGGCGUCCGCUGCAUCGACGAACGACAGCUUGCUGCCGAGCGUUUGUAAGACACGCGUGCGUGCGCCAGUCGGCAGGCGACCGUCCACGCGCAGAGCGCGCCAGGAGAACUAUCGUCAAUCGCUCAUCGCGGAGCAAACGGACCACAUAGUCGGGGAUUUUGAUGCAGAGGGCGCAUCCAGCAGUAGCGUGAUAACUGGAAAGCUGGCAAAUCAAACUGAAAGUGAUGCAAGGAAUGCACAGCCAGCGCCAAGCAGCGUUCCGAAAGCACCAGCAGUCAAUGCCAGUGUUAAUCUUGCAAAGUCCGCAAAUUUAUUCCUAGAUGAAGACGACGACGCCCACGACUAUGAUUCACUAUUUAAGCCUGCGCAGGUUAGUAGCAAUAAUUCAAAGCAAGCGUUGAAUGUAAAAACAGUAAAAGGGAUAAGUGUGCAAAGACCGGCUAUGCCAGCGAGUUCCGCAAGCGAGACACCUACAACUUUACUAGCUAAGAAAGUGGAUUUCGCCGGAAGCGAUGCAGACGAUGAUGACGAUCUUUUUAAGAGCGUGCGGGUCGCGCCUACAAGCGCCGCGUCUAAGCCGACGAACAACAGCAAAGCAGCAACCACAACAGCAACAACACAAAGCAUACCACCAACAAAGCCUACAACAAAAUCGCUUUUCGGCAACACGCCGAGUGAGGACUCCGAUGAUGAUCUCUUCAAAAGCAGCAAAUCGCUUCCACGAAUAACUACGAAGGCUGCAAGUCCGCUAACAACAACAACAGAAACUCCAACAGCCACAGGAAGCCGUGUAACAGAAACGCCGAAAACCACAAACGAGCGCAAGUUGGACUCGAUUUUCGGUAGCGACGAUGAAGAUGACGAUUUUCUGUCGAAUCUUAAGCCCAAAAAGAAAGCAAUAACGAGCUUGGUGAACGCAAGCGCGGGUAGCUCGGCAAAGCAGUCAAGCGCGGGUCUAUUUAGUGAUGUUGAAAGUGAUGAAGACGAUCUCUUUGGCGUAAAGAGCAAGUCCAAACCAAUAACUAGUAAGUCGAAAGCAACAUUAACAACUAUGACGUCCACUAGUACGAAACAGAAGCCUAUAACAACAACAACAACAACAAAGCAACAGCCACUCGACAAGCAGAAGUCGUUGUCAGAUAAUCCCUUGGCCGAUCUGUUGAAUCCAUAACAAGUCGUUGGCCUUCUCGUAGUAAAUUACCGCUGUAGUGACAAAGAAAUAUCAACGAAAGUGCAUUAACCGUUAAACACAUUUAUUUUCCAUGCGCCCACAUUGUGUGUGCGCGCGCAUCCAUAAGUAUUUAGCGAACAAAAAGUUAAAAACUUCUAUUGAAUUUUUAAUGAAUUAUUUUAUGCUUUAAAUUUAUUUUAUAUCUAUUAUAUUAUACACACAUUUACAUAUGUAUGCAUACAGAAAAAAAACUAAUUUCUUUUUUUCUUAAAUAUGCAAAUCUACAAAAUAAAAUAAUUACAAAAACAUAA